AUGAUUUCUCUAAAACAAUUAGUUGAAAAAACUCCAAAGAGUUGGUAUUCACCAAUGAACCCAAAUGAUAGUUGGGACCUAGUGAAUGGAAAAAUCGAAAAAUUUGGUAUCGUAAAUGAAGAUAAUAGAGAAAGAUAUGAACCACUCUUAAAAGGAGUUUCAAUAUUUGUAAGAUACGUUUGGCCAUCAGUUGAUCUCACUACUCUGGCAUUGGGUACUCAAUUCAGUAUUUUUUUGCGCAUUUUCGAUGACAAUAUUGAUACCAGUGAACCAGAAUAUGCAAUCAAACAUAUCAAUAGAGUAAUCAAUAUAAUUAAAUUUGGAAAACUCGAAGAAGAUCCAACACCUAUUGAAAGAAAUUUGUUUGAUCUUAAUCAGAAUUUGGACGACAGAUUUGGAGAGAAACUUGCAUUGAUCAAUCUGUUCAGAAAUUCUUUGUUGGAUUAUUUUGACAAUCUAUUGGCAUGGCAGAAUAUGAAGAAAUUAAAAGGUGAUUUAAGUAUGAAUUUAUAUUAUACUCUAAGAAGAUAUAAUUAUGCUAUGAUACCUUCUUUUUUCAUAACUUUAAUCUUCACAAUGAAAAGAUUAAAGUGUGAAAUAAUUCUUGAUCCUUUGUGGAAAACUAUUGUGGAGCUUUCAGGAAACAUCUGUGCCAUUUACAAUGAUGUAUUAUCCUAUGAAAAGGAGAUGAAAGAAAAUGAUGAAAGAAUGAAUAGUUUCCAUUUUAUGAAAACUCAAAACAAUUGGUCAAAUCAAGAAUGUCUUGAAUUCUUUGAAAAAGAAAUUGGUAAUUGUUUUGAACAACUUUCUAUUCACGAAAAACUUGCAACUCAAAAAUUCAUCCCAAGACUUAACAAAGAAGAUCAAGAAGAAUUCUAUCAGAUUAUUAAUAAUUUACAUACUUUGAUACAUGCUAUAUUAUCUAUGUAUUUAACUAAACCAAGUUAUAAAUCAACAAAUUCUAUCUUUGUUGAACUUAGAAUCUAA